ACGGAACAAGUGAACAAGCAAAGGGACUGCUUUACCCCUACCACUCCUCUUCUCCCCUAUAAAUGACAAUGCUCGUCUCUGGUUCUUCUUCCAUGCCCGAGCACUUAUAAUAACUUCUAGAGAGAGAGAGAGAGAGAGAGAGAGAGAGUGGUGUGGUGUGUGUUGGGGGGGAGUUAUGUUGGGAGUAUUUAGCAGCUCGAUAGUGUCGCCGCCGGAAGAGCUGGUAGCGGCGGGAAGCCGGACUCCGUCGCCGAAGAUAAAGGCGGCGGCGCUGGUGAAACGGUUUCUCGACAAUAACAGCUCGGCGGUGUCGAUACAGAUCGGAGACGAUGCCCAAUUGGCAUAUACUCACCACAACCAGUCGCCUCUGAAACCCAGAUCAUUUGCAGUGAAGGACGACAUAUUCUGCUUAUUUGAAGGAGCACUGGACAACUUGGGAAGCCUGAACCAGCAGUACGGGCUGGGCAAGUCCGGGAAUGAGGUGGUUUUAGUGAUUGAAGCUUACAAGGCACUCCGUGACAGGGCACCUUAUCCACCUAACCAUGUUGUCGCCCACCUUGAUGGGAACUUUGCCUUCAUUGUCUUUGAUAAGUCCACCUCCACCUUGUUUUUGGCCGCUGAUCAAUUUGGUAAGGUUCCUCUGUAUUGGGGAAUAACUGCUGAUGGAAAUGUGGCUUUUGCUGAUGAUGCCGACUUGCUUAAAGGUGCUUGUGGCAAAUCACUUGCUUCUUUCCCUCAAGGGUGUUUCUAUUCGACGGCAGUUGGGGGACUCAGAAGCUAUGAGAAUCCCAAGAACAAGAUCACUGCUGUUCCUGCUACCGAGGAAGAAAUCUGGGGUGCAAAAUUCAUGGUGGAAGAGCCAGCAGUUUUUGCAGCAGCCACAAAGUAGAAGAAGAUCAUCCCUCUCUACACAUUCCUAACAAUCUUCUCCUCUUUAAGGGGUGUUUGGCAAGUGGGGGUUUUUUUUUCUUUUCUUUUCCACUUUGGUUGUGAAUGGAAGGCAUGUUAGUUGGGCCCCAUGUAAAUAAGUGAAAGUAGAGUGGGUUAGUGUCUGUUUGUAGGUUGGACAAGUGGAAGAGUAGGCUUUUGCCUUGUGGCUUUGUUUGCUUUUAUGACUUUGUUAGCAGCUUGCCUUCUUGUUUAGUCUGCACUUUAGACUAACUAUUUUUAGUUGCUUCAA